GAACUGGUUCUGGACAACAAAGCGUUACGGGUCUACCUCACACUGAUGACCCUGAUUCGCUUUGGAUCAUAAAAGGCGCUGUUGGCAAGAACUGUUUACGAGGUGAAAUUAUUAAAUGCGGUGAUUUUAUCAGAUUACAACAUGCAGGAACUAAUAAGUUCCUGCAUAGUCAUUAUCAUCGAUCACCUCUUUCAAACCAACAAGAAGUUAGUGCUUUCGAUGGAUUGGAUUCAGGGGAUAACUGGAAAUUAGUGUGCAUAAACACAUCAUCAUUAUAUUGGUUUCGUGAGCAGAAAAUUAGAUUAAUACAUGUAGAGACAUCUUCUUAUCUAUCAGCAAAUUUAGAAAUGGUUUAUAAUAAUCCUAUUCACGGACAAAUCGAAGUUGCUGCUUCUAGUUCAAAUGACAAGAAUACUGAAUGGAUCGCUCAAGAAGGAAUUUAUUUUGCAGAAAGAAAAAGCUCUUGA